AUUUUAUAAGAAAUAUUUUAUAAAAUUAUCCAGGCUUGCCAUUGCAAUCCCCGUUUAAAAACUGUAUUUAGCAUUGGUCAUUUCUUUGCUUCACCACCACUUCUGUGGAAUUGAGAGAAAUGUUGCUCGGACAAGCCGCUACUAGAUUGCUCAGAAGAAUUCGCUUCCCUUCUCAAAUCACCUCCCCUGCUCGAACAACCCGUAAUGUCUUCCCCUUUUCACUCUCCGAAAUGAAAUUUUCUCAUCAAUAUGGUUCUGGAGGUUAUACUUGGAGGAUGAGCCAGAGGAACCCUUGUUUAUGGAUUCUUCUUUGUGGGCAUGCCGGAAUACUUCUCGGGAUAAAUGCCAACCCUGUCUUCGCAAAAGAAAUGCCAACUCAAUCGAGUUCUGAAAAUGACAUUGAGGGGGCUGGUUUAACUGGAUUACGAAAGGUUGAAGAUGGCUCUAUCAUAUCAAACAUACAUACAUCUAAGUGGAGAGUUUUUACAGAUAAUGGGAGGGAUUUAUACUCGCAGGGAAAGCUAGAUGAAGCUGAAAGGUACUUUUUUUCUGCGCUACAAGAAGCUAAAGAAGGUUUUGGGGAGGGGGAUCCUCAUGUUGCAUCUGCAUGCAACAAUCUGGCAGAGCUGUACAGAGUUAAGAAGGAAUUUGUUAAAGCAGAACCAUUGUAUUUGGAGGCCAUAAAGAUACUGGAGGAAUCAUUUGGUUCUGAGGAUAUUCGUGUGGGAGCUGCUUUUCGUAACCUUGGGCAGUUUUAUCUGAUGCAGCGGAAGCUGGACGAAGCUCAUGUCUGCUAUGAGCAUGCUCUAAAGAUACAGGGGCGUGUUCUGGGACAUGACCAUGCAGACUAUUCAGAUACUAUGUAUCAUCUUGGAACGGUACUAUAUCUUCAAGGAAAAGAGAAGGAUUCUGAGGCUCUGAUUCAGAAUUCCAUAAGGAUACUGGAGGAAGGUGGCCAAGGGGAAUCUUCAAUAUGUCUUAAGAGAUUGCGGUAUCUGUCCCAGGUAUAUCUGAAGUCUAAUCAUCCUGCAGAGGCUGAGAAUGUGCAGAGAAAGAUUCUGCACAUAAUGGAAUUAUCAAAGGGAUGGAAUUCGUUGGACACUAUUGUUGCAGCUGAAGGGCUGGCCCUGACCCUACAAUCUGUUGGGAACUUAAAGGAAGCACGGGAGCUACUUGAAAGGUGUCUAGAUGCCCGUAAAACAUUACUUUCAGAAGACCAUAUUCAGAUUGGUGCCAACAUGCUUCACAUUGCUAGGGUGGCAAUGCUUAAUUCCAACCAAUUGAGGAAAUUGGGUAUUUCUGGAGCGAGCGAGGAGCUUGAAAAGGCAAAGGAUCUUUUAGACAAUUCAAUAAGGAUAGCAAGGCGAGUUUUAGAUAAAUUGAGUAAACAGAAAGGCAACUUGAGGAGUAAUGGUGCACCUGGAGAAACAAGGAAGGAUGCUCGUGUGGCAUUGAUCAUACUGUUGCAAUCACUCAAUGCUCUCGGGCUCCUACAGAUUACCAAGCAAGAAGAUUCACAAGAUUCUCAGGAGCAUUUACCUGUUGCUGAAGCCGAGAAUGCACUUUUCCAAUGCAUUUCCGCUUACAAAGAGUUUGAAACCGUGAAGUCUAUUUCUGACUCCCCUGAAGUAAAGGCCGAGCAUCUCUCCUGUUUGAAGCAUCUUUCAAGCUUAAUGCGCAAUAGCAGUACCAAUGGGACACGAACAUUUAGAGGAGCAACUUUACAAAAUCUGGAAGAUGAAAUCAAGUAUGUUGAAUCUGAAAUUUCACCUUACAGGAAACGUAAAAGCUAAGCGGGAAGCUGAUUAUGGCAGCAACAGCGGCAGUUACUGCCAGAAAAUCAUCUGAAGGAGUAGGUCCAGUACUUAUGCCACCUGCCAUGCACAAAUGAACAUAAAUGGUUCCUCUACAUUAUAUUGUGAUAACUCAAAUUUAUUGGUGAUAGAAAUAGGUGCUGCCUAGGUACACAUGAAAGUAUACAAAAGACACCUAUACCUUCUUUUCAGCAAGUGGGAUUUUUGCGCGAAGUUUACAGGAUUCUAAUACAUGAGGCACAUGAAAUUGUAUCUGUUGUUUGCUUGCCUACUUUUAGAACAUAUUUUGAAGUUUGAAAUAAAAAAAUUUCAGAUCCUGAUUAUUAUAA